UCCAUUUUUUCCUCGGGAGGGGUUUAACUAAUGUCUCACAAAUUAGGGUUUAGGGUUUAUGUAUGUCAUCAAAUCAAUGAGGAAAUCUGCUUGUGUUCUUCAUCGAAAUACAAGUAAGUUCCCAUUUUUCUUAUUUCAUAAUCACAACAUUAUUUUAUCUUCUUCAUUAAACCCACAAAUUAAUUUCCCUUGUACACCUCAAAUUCUUAACAAACCCAAAAACCCAAUAAAUGAAACUACUUUAACUCCCCCAAUGUAUGAAAAGAAAACUAAAAUUCCAGGUGGUAUAACACAUUAUAAUAAGAUUGUUAAAAGUCUUUGUAAGGAUAGGCGGGUUAUCGAGGCGUAUGAUGUUUUUUGUGAAAUGAUAGUGAAAGGGGUUAACCCGAACGUUGUGACGUUUAAUUGUUUGAUUAAAUGCUUAUGUGAUUUGGGGUUAUGUGAAAAAGCAGAAAACUUGUUUAGUGAAAUGAUGUCGAGAAGAGUUUUGCCGAAUGUGGUUACUUUUAAUAUAUUAUUGCAUUCGCUUUGUAAAGAUGGGAGGGUCGAGGAAGGGAGGAAUUUGUUUGAUAUUAUGAAGGUGAAUCGGUGUAUGCCUGAUGUUGUUAGUUAUAAUAUAUUGAUUAAUGGGUAUUGUAAAGAUGGAAGAGUACAUGAGGCGUUGAGUGUUUCUGCAGAAAUGACGGAAAAGGGAAUUGUUCCUGAUGUUGUGACGUAUACUACUCUUAUAAAUGGUUUGUGUCGGGUAGGUAGGAUUGAAGAUGCACGUUUGUGUUUUGAUGAGAUUCGGGGUUGUGGGCUUGUUCCAGAUGUUGUUGCUUACUCUACUUUGAUUGAUUUUUUGUUUAAAGAUGGUAAAUAUGAUGAGGCAAUCGAACUGUAUAUGGAUAUGAAAAAGUUUAGAGUAGUUCCUAAUAUUAAUCUGUAUAAUAUUCUUAUUGAUGGUAUGUGUAAAGCCGGGAAAGUCGAUGCCGGUGAGGAACGUUUUAGAGAACUACUUGCGUCGUCGGUAUUGGAACCCAAUUUCUAUACUUAUAAUAUUAUGAUUAACGCUUAUUGUAAGAGUAGAAUGAUAGAUAAAGCUUGGAGUCUUUUUGAGGAAAUGUCUGGGAUAAAAGUUGGUCCUACUAUUGUGACCUACAACACUCUCAUCAACGGCGAGUGUCAUGUUGGCGGAGUCAAGGAUGCAUAUUUGCUUCUUGAUGAUAUUCGAAAGUCUGAUCUUGUUCCUAAUAUUGUUACUUACUCUACUAUGAUAGAUUCGUUAUAUAAACUUGAAAAGUUUGAUAAUGUUUCUAAACUACUGAGAGACAUGGAUGAUGAUGGAGUGAUUCCUAAUAUUGUUUUUUGGAACACUCUCAUUGAUGGAAGGUGCAAAUCUGGGAAAGUUGAUCUCGCUCUGGAGGAAUUUCGGAAACUUCCUUCUAGAGGCUUGCAGCCUAAUAUUCGUACAUAUAAUAUUAUGAUGAAUGGAUUAUUCAAGAAUAAUAAACUCAAGGAGGCAGAUGACUUGUUUCAGGAAAUGCUGAUUGGAGGUUGUAUGCCAGAUGGUUUUACUUUUAAUAUAAUUAUUCAGGGACUUCUUCGACUGAAUGAAACGGAAAUGGCAAUUCAAUUUCUUAGAAGAAUGCUUGAUGCUGGCUUUUCUGCAGAUGCUCACACGUCAACAAACCUAGUCACCGUAUUGACCUCAAACAAGUUGGAUUAUGCUUCUAAGGAAGUGCUUAAAACGUUUUUCCGGCUUACAUAUAAAAUAACAUAGAACUUAUAUGAUGAUCUUUACACUGAAGAUUCUUUCUAAACUAUUGGAAUGAUCUGGAGACACUGCAGGAGGCUAAACCAAACAGAGCCAUAUUUCUAGAUAUUUGACUCGCUUAUCCUACUGAUUAAGUGUAGGUCGUUCAACAGUGGGUCUUCUCAAAGUUGUCUUGAUAGGCUACAUCUCACUACAAUUCAUCUGAUCUGGGACUGCUCACUAGCUCCCCUGGAAUUGAUGAAGGCCUUUCCUUUUUUCAAGGCCUUCAAUUAAUAAGUUGAGCUACAAAUUUCUACUAUUUAAGGUUAUGUAGUAGCAUAAGUGCAUAACAAACGAACUUUUAGGAGUAGUGUAUGUACGAAUUUGUAUCACCGGAUGGUCACUGCUAUGUGAUUGUUCUUUGAUUAUAACUCUAUGAUGUUAGUACAUGCAGCCAAUCGAGUAGUUAAAGAACAUUGUAAACCAUGGUGGAAAAUGCUUUGGGAAUAAUAAGAAACAAGUACUAUCCCUGAAGUUGCUGUUGGGGUUUAAGCGACUAUCAAUGUGAAGAUGACCAGGUCUAUUCAGCCCUUUUCCAGAGCUGAAAUCAAACAUACAACUUCAACGACGCAAGGCUCAUGUUCGUCAAGUAUGUCAGUUGAUUCUGUGUGGGUGAUUGCUGCUCGAUAUUCACUAUGGUUACUGUUAUAGCAAAUAUUAUACUGCAACUUGAUAUGUAAUUGUAAUCAUAACCAACCACCACGAAACUUGCCAAAACCCCAUGGACACCAAAAUGGUUUUGUGCAGAUAAUGUACAUGUGGGUCAUUUUUAAAGCAAAUGAAUGCAUUAUGGUAAAAAUGUUGCAGGAUUA